AUGGCACAUUCUUUAUUCAUCGGUGCAAUAGAUAGCCUGAAUACGGAAUCAAAGGGCCUUGUGCAUGUGACUAUACAAUCAAUGCGAAACAGUUUUUCCAAAAAAUUGACAUGCUUAACGAUACCAGCUAUCGUGGACUUAAUUCCCUCGGAGGUCUUUCCGCGAGAUUUGAUAAAGAUUCCUCCCAAUAUCAAAUUAGCAGAUCCUGAUUUUCAUGUACCACGUACAGUCGAUUUGUUGAUCGGUUCGGGCGCAACUUUGUCUAUGCUUUCCGUUGGUCGAAUUAAUUUAUCACCCGAAGGGGACGAUUUAUAUUUGCAAAAGACGCGUCUCGGAUGGGUGGUCGCCGGGGGAGCGUCUUGGCAAGCUCCUUCGAAAUUUGCAUGCUACUUAACAAAUUUAGAAGCCCAAUUAACAAAAUUUUGGACAAUCGAAGAAAUCGCGGAGGAUAAAUUAAAUUCCGAAGAGGAAAUCGAAUGCGAAGCACAUUUUGUAAAGACUGUUUCUCGCGAUAAUACAGGACGGUACACAGUUAGUUUACCAUUUCGCAGGACAAAUCAAUGUAUUGGUGAAUCGCGAACAUUGGCACUUAAUCGUUUAACAGCAUUAGAACGCAAAUUCAACGCGAACUCGGCAUUCCGAGAGGAGUAUACGCGAGUAAUUGAAGAACACGUGAAGUUAGGGCAUAUCUCGUUAACAAAAGAGUUUAGCAAUGACGGAUACUAUAUGCCUCACCAUGCCGUAAUUAAAGAAACUAGCAGCACUACUAAAUUGCGAGUAGUGUUUGACGCGUCGGCGAAAUCAAAGAACGGCGUGUCAUUAAAUGACGUAUUAAUGGUCGGACCAACAAUUCAAGAUAAAUUAUUUUCGCACCUAAUUCGAUUCCGUACAUACAGAUACGUCAUUACCGCCGACAUCGAAAAGAUGUAUUUGCAAGUAUUAUUACACGAAAAUGAUCGGCGUUAUCAACGGAUUCUUUGGCGUAAAAACGAUAACGUGGAAACGUAUCAAAUUAAUAAACUUGCAUUUGGUGUAUCGUCUUCGCCAUUUCUUGCUAUUCGUGUCCUUCAAAAACUCGCUGACGAUGAAGCGCACGCAUUCCCUAUCGCCGCGCGAGUGAUUAAAUCUCAUUUAUACGUGGAUGAUUUGUUAUCCGGAGCCGACAGCAUCGAGGAAGCGCGAAUAAUUAGAGACGAAGUAAUCGCGUUGCUUGCUCGAGGCGGGUUUUCUAUUCGGCAAUGGGCUUCGAAUGAUAAGCGUAUUAUCGAUGAUUUGGCGACCAGUGCAUUACACGCAAAGUUUACGUUUGAUGAAGGUCGAUUUUUUAAAACAUUGGGAAUAGCGUGGAGUACAGAUGGCGAUAAAUUACAUUAUUCAAUAAAUUCAAUUAAAGUUACAGAAAAAAUAACUAUACGAAAAAUACUUUCGGAAAUCGCGAAAAUAUACGAUCCAUUAGGUUUAUUAGGCCCCGUGAUAUUAUAUGCAAAGAAAAUUAUGCAAGAUGUAUGGCGAUGUAAAUUAUAUUGGGACGAAUCCGUUCCACAGAACAUCUAUACCGAUUGGGCAGAAUUUGCCAAACAAUUAAGCUUAAUCAAUAAAGUCUCUUUCGAACGCAAAUUAUUUGGAGAAGACUAUGAGGAAAUGCAAAUACACGGAUUUUGCGACGCGAGUAACGUCGGUUACGGGGCGUGUUUGUAUGUACGGACGCGCAGAAAAAACAAAAAUAUAGUUACGAGAUUAUUGUGCGCCAAGUCUCGGGUCGCGCCGGUGAAAACCGUUACGAUACCGCGGCUCGAAUUAUGCGGCGCAUUGUUGUUAGCGCGAUUAUAUCGUGAAGUAAGUAAAGCAUUGAACAUUGUCCCUGCCAAAAUGAUUUGCUGGUGCGAUUCAACGAUUGUGUUGCAUUGGAUAAGAACACAGCCUUACUUACUCAAAACGUAUGUGGCAAAUCGAGUCGCAGAAAUACAGGAACUCGUCGGUUCUCACGUAUGGCGGCACGUUCGGUCCGAAGACAACCCCGCGGACGCGAUUUCAAGAGGUCAAUUGCCGCGCGCGUUUAUACAAAAUAAAAUGUGGUCUUCCGGGCCUUCGUGGUUAGUCAAGAAUGAGAUCAAGUGGCCAAACGAAGUCACACAAACAAUCGAAAUACCGGAACUAAAAAGGAACAUCUGUUUAACAACAAAAUUAAACGAUUUCAGUUUGCUAAAUAAAUAUUCAUCCUAUUACAGAUUAUGUAGAAUUGUAGCGUAUUGCCUUCGUUUUCGAAUUACUAAGGAAUAUUCCGGUCCACUGCACGCAAAAGAAUUAGACGAGGCCGAAAUUCGAAUAUUAAGAGGCCUACAGAUUAGCCGGUUUGCUGACGAAAUCGCAAAAUUAAAAAAUAAAAAUUUAAGCCAUACAAGUAGAAUUGCAAAUUUGAAUCCAUUUUUAGACAACGCCGGUCUAAUCAGAGUCGGAGGACGACUUCAAGCUUCAAAUAUGUCCUUUACACAAAAACACCAAAUUUUACUUCCAAGUCGACAUCGUUUGACCGAUAGUAUCAUUCGCGAAACGCAUGAAAAAAAUCAUCAUCCCGGCAUUUUAACAACAUUACACCUCGUUCGUCAGAAAUUUUGGGUACUUGACGGUAGGAAUCAGGUACGCAAAGUUAUACGUUCUUGUUUGCGUUGUUUUCGAUUCAAUGCCCAAGCGAUCGAGCAUAAAAUGGGAAAUCUUCCGACUUCACGUGUACGGGAAGCAAUACCUUUCACUAACACCGGUAUUGAUUUUUGUGGACACUUUUAUAUUAAAGAAAAGAAGUUCAGGAACCGAACGCGAAUUAAAGUUUAUGUAUGUGUAUUCGUGUGUAUGUCAGUCAAAGCGGUGCAUCUCGAGGUCGUGAGCGAUAUGUCUUCCGAGGGUUUUAUUGCAGCAUUGCGACGAUUUGUUGCGAGACGAGGAGUGCCAGCCCACAUUCACUCCGAUAACGGUAGUAAUUUUGUGGGAGCAAAUAAUCAAUUAAAAGAAAUAUAUGCAUUAUUCAAUUCUGAACAACAUCAGACCUUUAUCAACAAAUUCAUAAACGAACAUCGAAUUGCUUGGCACUUUAUUCCUCCCGCAGCUCCACAUUUCGGUGGAAUUUGGGAAUCGAUGGUGAAACUUUUCAAACACCAUUUUAAACGAGUUGUGGGAGAUUCAUUAUUUACAUUUGAAGAGCUCAAUACAUUUGCUACCGAAGUCGAGGGUAUUCUUAAUUCGCGACCGAUUACAGCUUUAUCAUCAGAUCCGAAUGACUUGCUUGUGUUAACUCCCGCUCACUAUUUAAUCGGCAAGCCGCUAAUCACCCUUCCGGAGAGCGAUUUAUCUUGUGUUCCAGUUAAUCGACUAUCCGUAUGGCAACACAUUUCAAAGGUCCGACAGGAUUUUUGGGCUCGAUGGAACCUGGAAUACUUGAAUGAACUCCAAAUCCGGAGUAAAUGGACAAAAGAAGGACCGACACUCGAAGUGGGGACUGUCGUAUGCAUCAAGGAUAAGAAUCUGCCUUGCAAUCAAUGGAUCUUAGGCAGAAUUUCGGAAGUACAUCCGGGUGACGAUGGAGUAGUACGAGCCGCCACGAUAAAAACUGCGACCGGAAAUAUAAAGCGUGCAGCGAGGGCAUUAUGUCCACUCCCAAUUGAGCGAUAG